CAAAAAUCCUAAACCCCCUUAACAGCUGAGAGGGUGAGGAGAGAAUGAGAAUUGUAGGACUCACCGGUGGAAUCUCGUCGGGGAAGAGCACCGUCUCCAAUCUUUUCAAGUCCCAUGGCGUCUCCGUCGUCGAUGCCGACCUCAUCGCUCGCGAUGUGCUAAAGAAAGGCACUGGUGGGUGGAAAAAGGUUGUUGCAGCAUUUGGAGGGGACAUUUUACAAGCUAAUGGAGAAGUUGAUAGGCCUAAAUUGGGUCAAAUUGUGUUCACUGAUCCUACAAAGCGCCAACUUCUUAAUCGGCUAUUGGCUCCUUAUAUAUCCUCUGGUAUCUUCUGGGAAAUUGUGAAGCUAUGGGUGAGGGGCUUUAAGGUUAUUGUCCUUGACGUGCCUUUGUUGUUCGAGGCCAAGAUGGACAAGUGGACGAAGCCCAUUAUAGUUGUUUGGAUUGAUCCUGAAACUCAGCUUAAACGACUCAUGAAAAGAGACAGAACAAGUGAGGAGGAUGCUCAAAACAGGAUAAAUGCUCAGAUGUCUCUUGACUUAAAAAGGACUAAAGCUGACAUAGUGAUUGAUAACACAGGAUCACGAGAGGACUUGAAUGAACACUUUAGGAAGGUAUUAUUUGAGGUCACAAAGCCCUUGACAUGGACUGAGUUUGGUCUUUCCAGACAGGGAGCCUUGUUAGUCUUUGUUUCUGUUGUUGUUGGUGUUCUUUUAUGCCGAAAGAUCCAAUGCUAAUGGUUUGGAGCCAUCAUAACUAUCCCAAACUUCUUGCAGUCGAUCUUUAAACCAACUUGUGCAUUACAUUUAAAAAAAAUUGUUGGCAACAGAAAUGUACUUUUAAUUUACUCUUGGGAAGGAAGAUUAUCAAUAAAAGGCUUCCUUUUGAGUCU